AUGAAGAUGGCUGUGAAAUUCACCAACACUUCUUCAAGGGACAGACAGGUGACACCUACUUUGGAUGAUGGCACAAAUUGUCUUGCUACCCAGAAGUUGUCAGAUUUAGCAGCACGGGCUCACCAAAGUCAAUCUAAGCUCUGUGUUAAUAAUGUUACCCAGAAAGAUAGUGAUGACUCCACAUCAAACUUAGAGUUAUUUCACAACCUAUCUUCUCCUUGUAUAACUUCAGUUUCAAAUUACCAAAGCCGUUUACAUGCUAAUGAAAGGGAAGAUUCAUACAUUUGUCACUAUAACAAAGGUUUAUAUGAUCCUAGAAUAUUGAAAACGGUAGACCCCUCCCAGUGUAUCUUAGAUGGAUCAAAAAAUAAUGUUUUUAUGACCGAUAAAAUGUCCAAUUUUUUUAAAGCAUCAAAUUUAAAUGAGAAAAUGUCGAUAGUUGAUCGUUCAUUCUUGUUUGAUUCAAAUUUAAAAAAUACAGCUGAAUUCUACAGUAAACUCGAUAACAUUGAAAUUACCAAUUCUCAAUAUUAUCAAGAAUAUCUUUACGAUGACCCAAUUUAUGCUAAUACACUUGAAAAUAAUAGAAGUUUUGAAUCGACAAGCUACGAAUUAGAUUCUGUGAUAUCUAAUUCCAACUCAAGAAUACAUACUAUGGAAGAGGAUAAUGGGACAAUAAACCCUAUUUUUUUCCACCAUACUCCCUCUCCUAACAAUACAACUUCAAUUAGAAUUAUCACAUCUUCAAACAGAAUAACGAAACUAAGAGAUAGAAAGUUGAUUCAAGCCAUUCACAAGAGCUUGAAGCAGCACAACAGUAAUUAUUUGGAUGACAAUGAUGAAAAAAUAAAUACAAAUUACAAUGGCUUUAAAACUUUGAAUGACAAUCAAACAUAUAAACUUCGUAGGUUAUCAGGUGAUUUAACUUCUAUACAUAUAGAAGCGAACGAAAUUCCUAAUCAACAGCAAUCUAUUCAACCAAACUAUACUAGCUGUAAAUAUUCAGAUUUUCCUAGUACCUUCUCUGAAAACAUAUUUAGAGGAAAAGAAACGCAAUAUAAAGAAGCUACACCUCGAUAUAAUGAUUUUGAUUCUUUUCAACCUGAAGCUAAGAUAUUAAGGGAAAUGGAGAAAGAAAGAAAAAGUCUGGAAACAAUUGCUUGUACACAGAAAUUAAUUGAUAAUACAAAGCAGAAUGCUCUACACAUUGAAAAAGUAGAGGACCUAGGAAAUAGUGAAGAAAUAAAGCAAAAUGUCAUGUCAAAGCAAGGAAAAGCAAAAGAAGGGGUAGAAGAAGCAGAAGACGAAGAAGCAAGGGAAGAAUUAAGCGAAGUUGAUAUACAUGGUAUUAACAUUACAGCCGACUGCAAUUCCUCUGACCAAAGAGAUGUAAUUAAACCACAGAUGAAAAAAGUUAAAGGUUUGAAAAGCAACAGCCAGGAGUGUAAAUCUCAACUUAGUCAAGACACUGCGCUCCCAAAAAGAAAGAUAGUAUUAACAUUCAAAAGGCACAAUAAGAAAUAUAGACAGGGGAACAGUAUCAUGAAAAAUAAAGAAAGAGAGAACGAUUGUUCUAUGAAUAAUAGCUUCGGCAAACUAAAUCAAAUCAAACAGGUUAGCAAUAUAAUGGAAUUUGAAAUAGAUAAACCCAAACUUAUAAAAGCCGAAGAACAAGAGCAGGACACCCAAGAAAUUGAGAAAGAUAAUGAUAUCGUACUGGAAAUUUUUAGAGCAUCACUGAAGCGAAAUAAGGACAAUUUUGCAAAAACGAAAUCAUCCGAUGUCCUUCUUGCAACUAAAAUCCCUAGAGUCAGAGCACAAAGGUCUAACAAGAAAAAUCCCAACAAAGCCAAAGAUAAUAUCUAUAAGUGUCUUCAGUGUCCAAAAGAGUUCAAACAGAGAUCACAAUGGAAGCGCCACAUUGAUUGUAUCCAUUUAAAAAUAGCCAAAUUUGCUUGUAUAAAAUGUGGUAAAGCUUUCAAGAGAUCCGAUCAUUUGAAAAACCAUAUCAGGAGAAUCCAUGGACAGCCUUGA